GCCCGCCCAUUUUCCCUCUCUCUGUCCCCCCUCAGGCAAAUACAGAGAGAAGAGAGAGAGAGCGAUUCUUUAAAAUGGGCCUCUCUUCUGCUUCUUCCACUCUUCUUCCCAUGGCGUUUUUCUCCCUGUCUCUCCUCUUCUCCCUCUUCUCACUCGCCCCCCAAGUUAUGGCUCUCAAAGGCAUUGAUGUGGAAAAUCCAGCUGUAGAUGUUGCUCCUAGGUUGCCUGUGGUGAGUGGGUUAUCUAAAGAUGCAGCAUUGUGCGAAAGGGUUCAAGUGGCUGGUAUAUCUAGAUUGAAGCUUGGGAAGUAUUCGAGUGCAUAUCGAGUGACCGUGACGCCUUCCGUGGUAAUCCCGGAAAGAUUGCACAAUAAGAUCCAAAUUUGCUUUCAAAAGAAUUCGUCGCUGGGACUGUGUCAGUGUGAAAAGGAUGACUGGAAAAGUGUGACAAAGGGAAUAUUGGUCUCAGUUGCAUCACCUUAUGAGGAUCGAUACAUUGAUGUAAAAUUUGUUGGCGAUCUUUCUGGUUCUGUCACAGUUACAGUAGAAGAAGAAUUUCAAGGAUGGCGGUUGAUUUUUCUGGCUUUGGGUAUCAUGUUAUUGUUGUUGGCACCCAUUGUAAGCAGUUGGGUUCCAUUUUACUAUAGCAGUUCAAUGGCAAUUGGAAUAUGCCUUGUCAUUAUAAUCCUUCUGUUUCAGGGAAUGAAGUUAUUACCAACGGCCAGGAAAAACAUCUUUUACCUAACCAUAUAUGGUUCAGUGCUUGGAGCAGGAUCAUUUUUGUUGCGACACUUCUCUAUGUUGGUCAAUUCAAUCCUAAUCAAUUUUGGUCUCAGUGAAGAGAUGUACAAUCCUGUCUCUGUUUUCCUGCUAGUUGGAAUUACCCUUGCUGGAGCUGCUCUAGGAUAUUGGCUUGUUCGGAAGUUCGUCAUUGCGGAAGACGGCAGUGUUGAUGUUGGCAUCGCUCAAUUUGUGAAAUGGGCAAUACGAAUAGUUGCAGUCACUUUUAUUUUCCAGAGCACUCUUGAUAUUCUUUUGGCUGCAGCAGUGCUAAUUUCUUGUCUGGUGAUGUGCUUUGGAUUUACAUCGAUGAGGUGGAAUGACCUUGAGGAUCUGCCAUUUUCUCUAGAUGGGAGCCUUUGGGCAUGGAGAUCUGGACAAGCAAAUGUUAAACAUAAACAUGCUGAAUUUUACAGCAGGCCAGGGAAGAAGAAUCAUCAUAGUACUCUUUGGAAUAGCCCAAAAGGUUCAUUUCCAGGCUCUCCUGUUAAAGGCUUGCAAUCACCACUUCAACGGGUUACAAGAACCCAGCAGGGUUAUUAUUCACCAUCUGCCCGCAGAGGGACAAGAAAUUGGCAGGAUCACUAUUCUACCUUUCACGAAACACCUAACAGAAAGAAAUAUACAAAGCAAGAGUGGGAGGAUUUCACUCAAGAAUCUACUCGUCAAGGUCUGGCCGAGUUGGCAUCUUCUCCAGAAUUCACUGAUUGGAUCAUCAAAAAUGCCGAUAGGAUACAACUUCGCUCGGAUCAUAGCUCAGAUGAAACAGUAGGAAGUGGAUCAGAUUCCACAGAUGAGCAGGCUGUGGAAAGCUGCAAUGGUAUUCGUUUGUUCAAGUGGUAACACAGGAUAAUGGUUGCGAUGCCUUGUCCAUGAUUUUGGUUUGUGACAUAGGUUAUUCUUAUUUGUUAGGCUAGCUAGUUGUAAACCCCAAUCCCAUAACCCUAACUCCCCAACCAGAGGGAAAAGAAAGAAGGCAUUUGUUAAUCCUACAGACUCGGUAGGUUUUGUAAUUCUACUCCUUGUGUAUAUCUGUAAAUUUUGUUUAGUAUCUAGGCUUCGAAACCCUUGAGGUUAAUGUUCAUCAUCAUCAUCAUAAAAAAAAAGGGUUUCUUCCUUUAACAAUUCUGUAAAAUUGAAACAUUGAGGGCAUACGAUGCAUGUUAUUAUGUGGGUUUGGAUCA